ACACACAGCAGGACAAACACCGUUUCUCUUAACCGUCUGCACUGUGUGGCCUUGGCCGCUGCCUUUACCAACUGGCUGUUUGCAACCGAAAUCGCAGGCCGGGUGAUAGCCACUUUCUCCUGCUCCGGAGAAAAGGAGGUCAAUUUGGCUGUUGAAGAUGCAAAGGCUGCCUUCAAAAUAUGGCGUCAGAAGUCGGGCCUGGAGCGAGGCCGGAUCCUCCUGGAGGCCGCCAGGAUCAUCAGGGAACGGACGGAUGAGAUCGCCACCGUGGAGAGCAUCAACAACGGCAAGUCCAUCUUGGAGGCCCGCCUGGACAUCGACACCUCCUGGCAGUGCCUGGAGUACUACGCGGGCCUGGCGGGGUCCAUGGCCGGCGAGCAUAUCCAGCUCCCAGGCGGGUCCUUCGGUUACACCCGACGAGAGCCGCUGGGCGUGUGCGUGGGCAUAGGAGCCUGGAACUACCCCUUUCAGAUCGCCUCCUGGAAGUCGGCCCCCGCGUUAGCUUGUGGAAACGCCAUGGUCUUCAAGCCGUCCCCCUUCACGCCCGUGACUGCGCUGCUGCUGGCCGAGAUCUACACGGAGGCAGGGGCGCCUCCUGGCCUCUUCAAUGUGGUGCAAGGGGGGGGCGCCACGGGCCAGCUUCUGUGUCAGCAUCGCGACGUGGCCAAGGUCUCCUUCACUGGGAGUGUGCCCACUGGCACCAAGAUCAUGGAGGCGGCGGCGAAAGGAAUCAAACCCGUCACUUUGGAACUCGGAGGCAAGUCUCCCCUGAUCAUCUUCGCCGACUGCAACCUGGAGAACGCGGUGAAGGGGGCGCUGAUGGCCAACUUCCUCACGCAGGGCGAGGUUUGCUGUAAUGGCACAAGAGUGUUUGUGCAAAAGGAGAUUCUUGAUAAAUUCACAGAGCAAGUGGUGCAACAGACCCAGAGGAUAAAAAUUGGAGACCCCCUUCUGGAAGGCACCAGGAUGGGCCCCCUCAUCAACCGGCCACACCUGGAGCGAGUCCUCGGGUUUGUGAAAGGGGCCAAGGAGCAGGGGGCUAAGGUGUUGUGUGGGGGAGACCCUUACGUACCUGAAGAUCCCAAGCUAAAGGAUGGAUAUUUCAUGAGACCGUGUGUUUUGGGUAACUGCAGGGAUGACAUGACCUGCGUGAAGGAAGAGAUCUUCGGGCCCGUUAUGUCCAUUCUGUCGUUUGACACCGAAGCAGAGGUUCUGGAAAGAGCCAACAAUACCGCUUUUGGACUAGCCGCCGGCGUCUUCACCAGGGACCUCCAGCGCGCUCACCGCGUGGUGGCCGAGCUGCAGGCCGGCGUGUGCUUCAUCAACAACUACAACGUCAGCCCCGUGGAGCUGCCCUUCGGCGGCUAUAAGAAGUCAGGGUUUGGCAGAGAGAACGGCCGGGUGACCAUUGAGCAUUAUUCACAGCUGAAGACGGUGUGUGUGGAGAUGGGUGACGUGGAGUCCGCUUUCUGAAAGGCGGCCGUGAACCCCGUGGACGUGCCAGGGUGAGCCCGUGAGACCGGAGGAGGCCUCACGGCACCGAUGCGUCCCGGACGCGGUCGCAUGGGUCCGCGCCUGGCUCAGCGUCACUCUCGUCACUCAGGCAUCUUCCCUAAGGCUUGCACAAGUGCCUUGGUUCUAAUGGAGAAGCAGUGAGUUCCCGCAGCGGGGACUCAGUGCCAUCCUGAACCGCCAAACCCCUCCUGGAGACGGACCAGCGCUGUGCCUCCGACCCCUGCCCUCUGCUCUCUCGCUUGCCUGGAAGAAGGUGUUCCUUUUAGGUUCCGUGGACCCACGGCAGGUGCUGUUGGCUCCGGGCUGCCUUAAGCUCUGGCUCCUUGUCAUUCUACUGAAAGCUGACGAUUGGGAAGGGAGGGGACUAGGUACUGGGCGGGUCAGCGGUGAACGGUAACUGCAGAGAAAGGUUUUGUUUCUGCGGGGCUGCGGGAAAGGACACGUCCUCUGCUUUGAACUGCAGCUUGCUGUCUGGACGUAGUGGUUCCCCAUUAAAUGUACAAAUUAUUUGCACGUGUCCUAGAGCCAAAUAAAUCACACUGUUCAUCCUUC